UGAUCCUAAAGUUAAACUCAUUAGCAAGAUCAGCUGAGCUGGCGAGCAAUGGAGUACGGAAGAAACAACAGGAGGCCCCAUGGCCCCCAGUACAACCAGGACCAAGCAAGGCAGCAGAGUGGCCCUGUCCGAGCCGCCUCAGAGAGCGGCGCCCUGUUCCAACAGCUACAGGAGUGCAGAGAGGAGCUGCGCCACCAAAAGGGCCUGAAGAGGAUGUUCAUCAAGAGGGAGAAAGACACCCGUGAGAAGCUGGAGAGACUCAAGAGGGCCAGUGACCCGGAGACCAUGAUCACCUUCGGCAUCGCCAGCAAGGUUCGCAGCACCCUCAAAACUAAAAAGAAGAAGGAGCUGCAAAUGGAAUACGAGAACAUGAAAAUGUCUUAUGUAAUCCUCGAGCAGAAGCUCUCAGCAGAGCUUCAGUUCGAGAGGGAUAAAAACGAAGCGCUCCUUGACGAACUUGAGCAGCUGAAACUUCAGCUGAAGACCAACCAGAUCCAGGAAGAGGAUGUCAAGCUUGAAUUCAGAGCGAUGAAACAUGAACUCACGUUCUCAAGCAACCAGGAGGAUGUCACCAAGCUCCAUGCAGAGGAGGAGGAGGUCAGUCAGGCCCUCAGAACUGAACUCAAAGAAGAUCACGAGGACAAUAUCAGCGAAGGAGGCUCAACACCCUGAAAGACUCUGAGAAUCCACCUUUAUCUUUAAUCUUUAUUCUAAAAAUGAGCAAAACGAGACAAUAAAAGAUUUCUUUAUUGUU